AUGGCCACCAGAGGCGAUCAAGCCCACCAGCUCCCUAGGGAGCCAGCGAUAUUGAUGCCACACGGAGACAGCAACAAGGACAGGGAGCUUAUCACGCACCGCAGACUCCUUGCUCCUUUCGUGGACUGGACCUCACCGCCAAAGAGUACAGGCGUCCGCUUGUGGUUUGCGAGCGUAUGGGCGACGGCGACCAAGUCAUGUACUGCAGCGCUAGCGCACCCGACGUCAGCCGGCAGGGUGUUUGGUAGCAACGGCCGCUGGGACUGUCCUGGUGCCGAAUACCGCCCGGAACCUAAGGUAACCAAGCUGGUUCAGGGGGAGGAUCCGCCGGGCAGCACGGAUGGCUACUCUGUGGUCCCACCAGCAUAUUCAGAUGUCUUUGGCAAGGUUGGCUUUGGCAGCAGCAUACGGAGUAGUUGCGAAUCGGUUGCUGGCUUCUGA